AUGCCUCGUGAACGUCUCACUACGGAACGUGUGUUGGCAGAGUUUGAACGCGUGAUCCAAUCCAAUCGCCAUUUUCAUCUCAACGAAAGUGUGGAUGUCAAUAUUGUUCAUGUGGAAAUGCCUCAUGGAGGCAGGCAUACGAAGCGAGCUGAAAUUAAUUUGGAAAAGCAUUUAAUGAAGAAACGCUCAAUCAUACGGAUCCGGAACAAUGAUCAACUUUGUUUGGCGAGGGCUUUGGUCGUUGCGAAAGCCAAAAUUGAUAACGAUCCACAGUAUACAAGCAUUGUUGAUCAUCGCAGGGCUAUGCAGGUGUUUGGCGAGGGCUUUGGUCGUUGCGAAAGCCAAAAUUGAGAAUGAUAGUCGGGAUCGUCAAAUACGAAACCCUGAGAGACCACUUCAGGCCCGUUUGGCUCGUGAAUUACACCAGAAUGCUGCCGUUCCUUUGGGUCCCUGUGGACUGGAUGAAGUCAAACAGUUUCAGACGUACCUUUCCAGUUACCAGAUCAAUAUUGUGUCCAAAGAUCAUCAGAACGCUCUUAUUUAUACUGGCCCCGAUCAGGAAAAGAGAAUUUAUCUCUAUCUUCACGAUAAUCAUUACGACGUUAUUACCAAAAUGCCAGGGUUUUUUGAGCGAUCGUACUACUGUCAUACAUGUAAGAAAGCUUAUGAUCAUCGAGAAGAUCACCUAUGCCCGAAUGCUUGUCAGUGUUGUCGUUUUCCCGACUGUCCCAUCGAGUCUUGGGUUCACUGCAAUGAUUGUAACCGGAUGUUCAAAAGUCAAGCGUGUUUCGAUCGGCAUAAACAGUCAGCGGAAAAUCGAUCUGUGCGACGAUGA